AUGCACGGCCUCACGCUCGAUCGAAAGCAGAUGGAGCAGGAACGAUUGGCGAGAGUUGCUGCCCGCAAUAAUAAACGAGAACGCUCCAUCUCACCGCCAGCAAUACGAACAAAGCCCUCGCUCGUGACGUCUUCCUCCUCAGUAGCUCAGCAGAAGCCAAUCAACGACGAUCCGGCCUUGAAAUAUCCUAACGGCGUGGUAAGAAAGACUUGGGCAUUUGGCCACGACCGUGUCAACGAUAUAAAGAUUGAGGAAGUACUCGAGCCGCUCACGCUCAAAAUUGCUGUGUUGUCCGCUUUCAAAUGGGACACAGAAUGGGUUCUGUCGAAACUCAAGACCCCUCCAAAGGGAGGGAACACGAAGUGCGUGUUCGUGAUGGAAGCCAAGGAGCGCGAGCUUCGUCAGCAGAUAUUGAGCGACAUUGAGGAGCAGUCCUCGUGGCUUCGAGUCUGCUUCCCGCCGAUGAAUGGCGCAUUUUGCAUGCAUUCUAAGCUUAUGCUGUUGUUUCAUCCCACAAAAUUGCGCAUCGCUAUUCCCACCGCCAAUUUGCUCAAUUUUGACUGGGGCGAGACGGGACAAAUGGAGAAUAGCGUGUUCAUGAUUGAUCUUCCUCGCCUGUCACAACCAGAGGGACAAGAUCUCGCUGAUGUGACCUCAUUCGCUAAGGAACUGCUGCAUUUCGUCAAGAAGCAAGGCAUCAGCGACGAUGUACAGAAGGGAUUAUUGAAGUUCGACUUUAGCGCCACUGCCAACAUUGCUUUUGUACACAGCAUCGGAGGGUCAUCUCUGGGCGAAGACGCGGCGCGCACUGGUCUGGCAGGACUGUCUCAGGCUGUUCGCUCCCUGCGACUCACAACAUCUAAAGACUUGGAGCUUGACUUCGCUGCGUCUUCGAUCGGCUCCCUCAAGGAAGAUUAUCUUCGGACUUUCCACGCCGCCGCGCGAGGGGAGGAUCUGAUUUUGGCGCAAUCCACUGCAUCAAGCAAAGCAAAGGCAAGCUUCUUCAAAAAGACCACCGACAAGUCUCGGGUAGAUGACAAUGUCCGGAUCAAGGACAAACUGCGGAUCUAUUUCCCUACCAAAAACACCGUCGAGUCUUCUCGAGCAGGCGCGGCCGGCACGAUCUGUUUGCAGCGGGCGUGGUUCGAAGCAGCCACUUUUCCAAGUGAGAUCUUCCGGGACUAUGUAUCUACACGGUCCGGCAUACUCAGCCACAGCAAAAUCAUGUGCGCGCGUGGCGUUUCCGACAAUCCCACCACAAACAAAAUCAAUUCUGGUGUGGCUUGGGUGUACGUGGGAUCGGCGAACAUGUCAAUGUCUGCGUGGGGCACCGUAGCUAAGGAUAGCAAAGGUAAAGUGUCAUGCCGGAAUUGGGAGUGUGGUAUUCUAUUGCCCGCAAUGGUGCCGAGGACCAUGGAUUCGACGACCACAGAACCGACGGAGGAGCAGAGCGACAAGAAGCAGAUCCUGCAAUCGAGCGCAAAGCUUCCCGCAGAUGUCGCAGUGGCCGCUAGUAUACCGGACAUGGAUGUCUUCAAAGGCGUCAUCGAUUUACCUUUUGUCGUGCCUGGCAGCCCGUACAAUGGUAGAGAACCGUGGUACUUCAUGGAGACGAGGUGA